AGUAAGCACAACCAAUAUGGCCGCGCCCAUGGCAAACUGACAACCAAAUUGACAUUGAACAAAAUUUGAUGCUUUAAACAUUUUAUUAGUAUUUUUUUUAAAAAUAGCUCGAGUUAAAACUUUUAAAUUUACGAUUUGAAACCAAGAUCGGAGGAUGCCAAUCAGAAAUCAUUUCCCAAUUUUCCAUAAACUCAAACAAGGUGCCUACUGCUAUGUGUGGACAGACAAGUGUGAGAAACUCCUGCCCAAGCAUUACAAGAAUCGCUGUCUGGAGUACAUGCUCCGUGAGCCAACACCCGUCCACUGGAUACCAGACCCACAGAAGUACAGAUAUGACAAAUAUGGACAGCUAGUGAAGGUACAAAACCAUCCCAUCCGGGUGAGGUUCCCCGAGCAGUGUAACAAAGGCCUUUGGGCAGGGGAGGGUGUAGUCCAGUGUUUUGUCAAGCCAACCACUGGCAAGAGAUACAUCGAUCUGUUCAUGCCAAGAGUACCGAAGGUGUAUGCCCCCAACUUAUUCAGACGUCGCCUGUACAGUGAGAUUCUGGAUGAAUGGUUCAACAUUCCCUGUACAAACAGAGCCAUGGACUUAAUUGAUGAUUCCUUCGGACUUGAUUACUAUAUACUUCAGAACCAUGAACGUGAUCUCAACUCCAAACUUGCCAUGGACUUGCAACGUGAAAUGUUGGUGAAGUUAGCAACCGAAUCUCAGGAAUCCAAACUGUCUCCAGAGAGGCAGAGGGUGUUUAACAGAUACAAGCAGUUCAUGAUCCCAUAUGAAGAGGCUGAGUGGGUUGGUCUGUCGAUACAGGAGGCCCUUGAGAAGGCAGAGGCCCAGCAGUCAGUGACCCUCAAAGUGCCGCCCCUCAAGUACCGACUCGCAGAGAUCUAUAGGCAGGGAUACAUGGACUCAAAGCUGAACCCUAAAACGGACAAGAAAGCGAAAAAGAAACCACAGUUAAGGCUCAAAGAUGUAAGCAAGACGCUGAAGUCGUACAUCUCUGGCAGUUAACAUGGGCAGGGUCCGUCAUAUUUGUUUACAGGUCAAAGUCAGUGUUCAAGUUCAGGAAAGAAAUGGACAGAAAUAUACUGUUGGUGUCUGUUGAAAAGAGUGUACAAAAUGCCAUUGUUCAGAUCUUUCUAGCAUACAAGGAGCUAUUUUAAAUGUGUGCAUAGUUUUUAUUAAUGCCAUGUUUUCACUGAAAAAGACUUCAAGAAAAAAAGAAUUGAGUUUAUUUUACGUUUAAACAUAUAGUUGAUCAUCCAUCAAUAUGAUUUUAAAUAUAUAGCUUUUUAAGGUAUAAAAACAAAGACAUUGUGUUUACAGUCAGAUGUCUUUACCAAUUGGCUCAUUUAAAUAAGUUAAACAUUUGUUUUCAACUUUUUCAGAAAAUAACUCAUUGUGUUCCAUCGUGAAACAAUAAAAACAUCGAUUUCAA